GGGAGGGGGCUGGCCAGCAAUAUAAGCCCAAAGGUGUCACUCAAGUGGCACAAACAGCCCUGCAUGGCACAGAGCAAGCUGGAGAGCAGGUUAGGAGGAGAGGAGCCGGCCUCUGUGCAGGUGUCCUAGUUGCCAGAGCUUAGGGGCUGAUCUCCCCAGGAAAGGGGGAGUUGGUGGCGGCAUUGGCACUGGCCAAGCAGGCUCCUGGCGGGGCCCACCUGUAGUCCCACCAAGCUUCCCUGGAGGCGGAGCUCAGCUAGCUGAGUUUCAGAGGAGACCACCCUGCAUGUCCUGCCAGGUCGUCCCCGUCGACAGCUGGGCCAGCGGGAGCCACGCCAUGGAGCCCCCCCGCACCCAUGCGGCAGCCAUGCUCUCCAUCUCUCCUCCUGUGGAUUUCGUCCUGGGGGCCACGGCCUGCUGCAUGGCCUGCGUCUUCACCAACCCGCUGGAGGUGGUGAAGACCCGCCUGCAGCUGCAAGGGGAGCUCCGUUCGCGGGGGACCUACCCCCGCCAUUAUCGGGGGGUCCUGCAUGCCAUGGUGGCUGUCAGCCGGGCUGAUGGGCUCCGGGGGCUCCAGAAAGGCCUGACGGCCGGGCUGCUCUACCAGGGACUGAUGAACGGCGUGCGCUUCUACUUCUACUCCCACGCCGAAGACAUCGGCUUGACGCAGCAGCCGGGCGGGACCAUUGUUGCAGGGGCCGUGGCCGGGGCGCUGGGGGCCUUCGUGGGCAGCCCGGCCUAUCUGGUCAAGACGCAUCUCCAGGCCCAGACGUUGGCCGCCGUCGCUGUGGGGCACCAGCACAACCACCAGAGUGUCUCCAGCGCCUUUGAGACCAUCUACAAGAAGCAGGGCCUCCUGGGACUGUGGCGAGGGGUGAACGGGGCUGUGCCUCGCGUCAUGGUGGGCUCGGCUGUCCAGCUAGCCACUUUCGCCUCCGCCAAAGAGUGGGUCAGGAAGAAAAAGUGGUUCAAGGAAGACAGCUGGAUGGUGGCGCUUGCUGGUGGCAUGAUCAGCAGUGUGGCUGUCGCUGUGGCUAUGACGCCCUUCGACGUGGUGUGCACCAGACUCUACAACCAGCCAGUGGAUGAGCUGGGCAUGGGCAAGCACUACCGUGGCUUCUUCGACUGCGUGGUGCAAGUCACCGGCAAGGAGGGUGUCCUGGCCCUCUACAAGGGCCUGGGGCCUGCCUACCUCCGCCUGGGACCACACACCAUUCUCAGCCUCCUCUUCUGGGAUGAACUGAGGAAAUUCACCUACCAGCUCCAGGGGGCUUGAAAACCCUGCAAGAAAAGGCGACAUUUCCAGAGAGAGAGGGGCACCCGUUCUCUUCCUCCCUCUCCCCGCCUCACUGAUGGGACCAGAACUUGGGUUGGGAGGCUGGUCUUUUCCCAGGCAGCUCUGGAAUGAAGAAGGGGGCAUUCGGCGCUGGCUGUCCCCUCUUCCCUGGACCAGAGGUCUUGGGUGGGGGCGGUCGUACAGCCCCUUCUUCCAGGAGACGGUUGGGAGCACCCGGCCCUUCCCCACCUCGUUUUCUCACUCCUCAUGUGACACCAGAGAAGCGGCCUCCAACUUUGUGGUUUUUGAAAAGCCAGAAUUGCAAACACGCACUCGGUGCACGAGAAGGGCGGUUGUUUUGUGUGUGGUGGUGGUGGGGGGUGAGGCUGCCCAGGGAGGGUCAUCCCCGGACUUGUUGCAGCUCCACCUGUGCAGAUUUGGGUGUUUGGUGGCAUGCAAGCAGUAUCCUGCCCAUUCCCUGCCUUGAGACACACACUCCCUGCAACCAAAGGGCUAGGGAAUGGGCACCAGGCGUUGACAGACCCAAAUAAAAGGGUAAAUGGCGUGAGAAGGCCAGUGAGCCUCUCCCAGUUGUGAGGCCUGAUGGGUCAGUGUUGCUUUGGUUGGAUCCAAAGCUUGGGUUGUGAGCCAGCAUCUAAGGUAGACUGCAGCACGUCCCCCAGGGGAAGAGGGGAAAGCCAAAGAAACGACAGGGAAGGUGAGCAGAAAGACAAAACACAUGUGCGGAGCUAGGCGGCCUGUCUGAAGGUCUGUUUUUGAACCUCUGAACUCAUCAGAUGGCAGUUCGAGGAGUGCAAGCAGGAGAGGAGCUGUGGCCACUUUCAGGAACAGCAGAGCUGUGUUUUUGGUCGAGGUCGAAAUCCUCCAGAGACAUCUGUGACGCAGGCAACACCUCAGCCUCUGACAUUUGGACCCUGCCAAGUUCCCGUCUGUCCUCCUUGCACCUUGCCAAGAGCAGAGCAAACCCCUCCCUCCGUGACUGGGGAACGGGG